AUGGUGGGAUUUUAUUGGUGGUUGGCGUUGCUGAUGCUGGUGAGCUUUACAGGAGAUGUAAAGAGCUCAGUGUUUUACCAGAAGAAUAAAGCAAACAGAGUGCUGAGAAUUCAGAAACGUGCAAACUGGUUCUGGGAAGAGGUGAAGGCAGGAUCUCUGGAGCGAGAGUGCUAUGAGGAAUCCUGCUCAUUUGAGGAAGCAGGAGAAAUUUAUAAAUCCAGUGAGAGAACUCUGGAGUUCUGGUUCUUGUACAAAAAUCUGAAUCCUUGUAACUUGUCGCCAUGCCGCAAUGAUGGUUUGUGUAAAGUCUCGGGCUACAAACACAUCUGCCUCUGCCCUCCCCUGUGGAAAGGAAAAUAUUGUGAAAUAGGGAAUCUGGAUUGUGACUAUAAAAAUGGCUACUGUCAGCAGUACUGCAACAUUGACAAGGCAACUCAAAUGGCAAAAUGCAGCUGUGCAGAAGGUUAUCAACUGAAUGAAGAUCAAAAGACCUGUGUUAAAAAUGUUACAUAUCCAUGUGGGACGAUACCUUUAUAUGGAUUACAAACUCGCUCGUUGGAGGAGGAACUUGCCCUCAAUGAAACAGACACGGACUCUGACUACUUAACAAAGUUAAAUUACACUGAAUCAAAUAUCUGGAAGCGCAUUGUUGGUGGAAAUCUUUGCAGACGAGGUUUUUGUCCUUGGCAGGUGUUGAUAAAUAAUCAAAAUGAUGAUGGCUUCUGUGGUGGGACUUUGAUUAACAGUCGUUGGGUUGUCACUGCAGCCCACUGCUUUGACGUGGUGCUGCCGCAUUCAGUUACGGCAGGUGAAUUUGACAAACUUCGAACGGAGCUCUGGGAGGAGAAGGUGUUAGUGAAGAAGUUUCUGAUCCAUCCUCAGUAUGACCCAAUAAGAUAUGACAAUGACAUUGCCCUUCUGUACUUGAAUCAGCCUGUGAAUUUUAGUACUUCCAUUGCUCCAAUUUGUCUGCCCAACCACAACCUGGGUCAGCUCCUGCUGCAGGAUGGGAAAGUGGGGACGGUGAGUGGCUGGGGCCUGACCCACAAAGGAGGCAGGUCAUCCCGAUUCUUGAGGAGAGUCCAACUUCCAUACGUUGAACAGGAGGUUUGCAUACAAUCAACAAAUUUGUCAGUUACAGAUAAUAUGUUCUGUGCUGGGUACAAAGAUGACUAUAUGGAUUCCUGUCAAGGCGAUAGCGGGGGACCCUAUGCAGUGUUAUAUCGACAAACAUGGUAUUUGAUUGGCAUAAUUAGUUGGGGUGAGGGCUGCGCCAGAGCAGGAAAAUAUGGUGUCUACACUAGGGUACCUGGUUACUUAUCGUGGAUAUAUGACACUUUGUCAGAGUACAGCCACUGA